AUUGUCGCAUUCACUUCAACCACAACUGCGUUUUCGUUCACACGUCGUUUUCUACAGUAUUUAUCCAAAUGUUGUGUUUGUGUAGCAGAACAGUUUGAUAUAAACCGAGUAAUAGCAUUGUUUUGAUUGCCGUUUGCAGUUUAAUUUGUUGUUUACACAACAUCAAUAUACGCGCGCCAGUAUUAUAAACUUUUUGCCUUAACCAGGAUGUGGUUUUAGUCUUGUGACGCAUUUCACAACAGUCGCGGAAUAAUUAAAAUGAGUGAGCCCCAGUGAGAAUUGGAAAUUAAUUAAGAAGAAAUUACAAGAAGUGACGUAAUGUGAAAUGGCUCAAGACUGCACGGUGGUGCAUUUCUCCGGAGAACCGUCCAGUGUACGCAUUGAAACACUCAAAACCAACGAUGCUCCCUAUAAAAUACCCGAUGGCAACCAAUUUGGGACAUUUUAUACUUUCUGCAUUGUUUUAUCAAUUUUAACUUACAUUAUUGACAUUGGAUUAGCUAUCAUUUUAUUGUACUAUUAUCAAGCAAAUGGGUUUGGUUCAUAUUUUGCAGUUACCUUGACUUUUAUUUUGCUGCCAGCCUUGUUUAUGACUGCCUUCAAUUUGCGCUGGUAUAUUGUUGAUCAUGAUGAUCAGCAGUCUAUGGGGAGGACUUCAACCUGCCAAUGGAUAGUGAGAAUCAUUUUCUUGCUAUUGCAAAUCUCACCAUUGCUAAGAUAUUUUGAUACCUUAUAUUAUGGAAUAAGAAGUGUGGUUUCAAGGAAUAAUGCACAUGAUCAAAUGUUAAGCACCACGUACUAUCGCCGAAUGUUAGAUGAGGACAGUAAUGGUGCAUUAUUAAGAUUAUUUCACUGUUUCUUGCAUGCAGGACCACAAUGUGUCAUACAAUUGAUUAUUCUUGUAAGGCAUUUAUCUGAGGAAAAUCAUUCUCAUGUUGAAACUGAAAUGGCAGUUGUUCAAGCUUGGACAGUUCUAGCCGGCGUGAUAUCGAUAGCAUGGUCUCUGACAUCAUAUCACAGGUCUAUAAGAUUUGCCAGAGAUGAUAAGAAUAAGGUUUCAUGGGAAGGAAUCAUGGUGGCGUUCAUUUGGCAUCUGAUGAGUGUUGUUUCGCGUGUACUAGCGUUAAGCCUUCUCGCCGUUAUCUACCCGUCAUGGAUGGGCUUCAUGUGCAUUUUACAUUGGGUUGUAAUGUCGCUAUGGUUAACAUUCGAACAUCUAACUGCUAACUGUGUCAACAAAUGUGAAGAAUUAUUCCUAUCUUGUGCGCUGGGCUUAGCCUAUGUCCUUGCAUUCAUUUCCCCUCGAGAUGGGCCCACACGAUACGUGUAUCUUGCGUAUUAUCUCGUUUGUUUUAUGGAAAAUACAGGCGCGCUUGUUGUAUGGUGCGUCACAAACAAUUCACUAAACAACUCAGCUCUAUAUUACGGAGCACCCAUCACACAAUUAAUUACUUUUGUGUUGGCUGUUGCAUUCCUUUUACUUUACUAUCGUUAUUGUCAUCCGUCGUCGCCAAAAGGUAUUUUUAUAACGUGUCCUAGCAGUAAGUCGGGUUUGAGCAAGUCGUAUAAUUUAAGGUCGUAUUCAUGAUCUUUGACUGAUCUAUAAACCGAUGGAAAUCGCACAUUUCUUCCCCGAUUGACGUUGGUUUAUAGAUUACACGUCUAUAUCUACUCCGUCUUCUUAUAUCUUAUUGCAAAUUUUCAUAAAAAUGCACCAAUUUAUUGCUAAGAAAUGAAAAAUCUAAAUUUGCCAACAACUUUAUAUUGAAUAGCAUCGAAAUAUUUUUCCACAAGUCAUAGGAAUUGAUUGUAAUAAUAUGACUUUGAUAUGAAUCAAGCAAUGUAAAUAUUUUUGGCUGAAAACUGCAGUAUUAAUACCAAAAUUUGUGAUAGCAAAGUAUUUGCUGUGGAUUAAUGAAUCUUGAAUCGUUCUCUGGGUUCUAUGUGCACUUAGCAACGUUGAUAAAUAUAAUGUAAUCGUUUGCAAUUAAUAGUUCAAUGCAGCGGGACCUGAUUGCAGAACAGGUUAUAACGCUGCUGGCCUUUAAGUACCUAAGUCUGAUUGAAAGGAAUCGAAAUUAAUAGAAAAUGUUGCCUAAUUGUAGUAUUGAUAAUUCUAGAUACGAGGCUUUACCGAUGUUGACGUUCGAAUAGUUUUAUAGAUGUUAUGACGUAAUGUGUAGCUUUGUACUAAUUCACUAUUUGAAAAUUUGUAUCGUUAAGUUUUUUGUUACCAUUAUUCCUAGUGAGAAUUUGAAUUAUGCUAGAUUUAAGUAUUUAUAUGCGCUUAUGACAUAAAUGAAAUGGGAACAAUGUUUUUUUUCGUGUAGAAAUUUGGAUUUUCACAAAUAUAUUUAAUCUAUACGAAUAAAAA